UCAGUUCUGUCAGCGCAUGCGCAGUUCACUUCCCGCUUUGAAUCGUGUGGCGCGAAUCUGAGCUUUUCAUGAUGAAAACAGCCCGAGGAUCAGGAAGGGCAUCCACACAGGGCCCCAAAGGAGCCGCAGAGAGGAAGAUGCACAAACCUCAAAAGUCCAAGCCCACUGCUGAGGGCCCACAUCUGGAGCCAUCUAAGAAAAACUGCAUUAAAACCUCAACAAAGGCUAAAAAGAGUAAGAAUCAGGGAAAUUGGAAGCCACUGACCAAGUCUUCCUUACUGGCUCUGGAGAACAUGCUUAGUUUGUCGAUUCUAUCUGUUCUGGCAUUGAAAAACAAAGAAAAAGAAGAAUCACAGAUGCAUCUCAACCGCCUUAAAGAUCGGUUCCUGGCUAAGUGUGCGCAGCUUUCUGUUCCCCCAAGAAAACAUGGAGACAUUAUGCGUGUGUCCCAUCAGUUCAAAGCUGAGAGUAAGAAGUCCGAACACGGCAAGAAGACGCUUGAGUCUCUAGAGGAGAACAUGGGCUCGAUUGUUAGCACUCUUGAGGAGAUGGAGGUGAAGACAGAUCAUUUGGAGGAGAAAUGCAGGAUGAUGAGAAGCAAACUAGACGAUGAAGAGGAAAAGGCACAGGAGGUUCAAGCGUGCUUCAUUUCUCCAACUGUCAGAACAGACGGUCCUGCGUCUUCCUGCUGUACCGUCUCGCCCUGCCAAUGAGCCGACGCUACAGGAGCACCUGAUGAAGAUCGUCCCCAAUCCUCCCGCAGUGGUCAGAGCACUUCAGACGGCUCCGGCACUCGGGGAUGUGAGGGCCUUUCUGGAGCUCGCACAUAAACAGGUGGAUUCAGUACAAGCCGCUCAUAGAGACACAGCCCUGGACUGACCUUCACAGAAGGAGACCGUUUCUUAAGUUUACACAGACACAAACAGCUGAUAAACAAAAUAACUGCUUAUUUAUUUCAAAAAUGAAAGAACUAGACACCGAAAUUACAUGCAUCUCAAGCAUUAAUGCAACAAUAUCAACAAUCAAUGAAUCAAUUCAAUUCAAUUCAGAAGAUUUAGCUUUCUCGCCUCUAUCAGAUAAUAUAUGGCAAAUUGAUCAACAGCUUCUUUAUUUAUAAUCUUUAAGAUGGAGAUGGCAAGUUUGGUAUGUACCAGAUGUUCUUUCAUUUAUGUGUGAUCUGUUUUAAAUGUUUUGCCAAUAAUCUGGGUGACUAGUUAAGCAGAUAAUAUUUCUACUGCAUGGACAUAAGAGAAUAUUCUUUAGUAAUGUUUAAUGAUUUAAGCCUCAAAAGCCUUCAGUCAAAGCAAGCAAGUCCAGAGGGAAAGCCUUGUCUUUCAUUUGCUGUUAAGUUUCUAAAAUGCAAAGUGCUACAAUAAUACAUCCAAAUUGGUGUCUGAAACACUUUCAUGUCCAUCGAAUGGUUAUAAAAUUGAAUGUAAAGUCUCAGUCCA